AUGCAAGGCCUCGCAGGUGGGAGCCGGGCUCCCCUGGGCCUGCUCCUGAUCUGUCUGUAUCUGCCAGGCCUCUUUGCACGUAGCAUUGAGGCACCAGAGGAGAAAGUCUCCCUACAUUCGGGAAAACCUUCCUUCACCAGCCUCUUCAGCUCCGGACAGCCUCAGCCCAAGCCAGACCUGGUGAAUAAUGAAUUACCAAGGGUUCUUCCAAGGCUUCCUGAAUCCUCAGAAGAUGGCACUCUACCUGAGGAAGAAUCUGAGAUGCCCAGUCAGCCUCCCAUCUGGGGGUGGUCCCCCAUGGAGUACUGGCUCUCCGAGGACCCUCAGCAAGGGAUGGAGGCUGCUGCCGAGGACCACCUGGAGCAAGUGCGGCCAGAAGCCCUGCCAUACUUUUCCUCUGCAUAUGAGGCUUCCGGCCCCGAGGACUCAGAGCCUACACAGCUGCCUGGUUCCAGUCCACUGAGAACUGAGGCAGAAGCCUUUGCCCAGCACCCAUUCUGGUUUUUCAUCCACAGGUUAUUGCCUGGUUUACCCUUGGGGAUCCUAAGUCCCAUUGGAUCUUGGGGAGGCGGAGGCGCAGGAACUGGGUGGGGGAGAAGGCCCAUGCCUUACCCUUCUGGAAUAUGGGGUAGCAAUAGUCAAUUAUCAGGUACCAGUUUGGGAGUUAAUGGUCGGCACCCAGUAGUCAGUUGGGGGACCAAUAGUCCGUAUCCUGCAGGAAGCUGGGGGGGUAAUGGUCCCUAUCCUGCAGGGAGCUGGGGGGGUAAUGGUCCCUAUCCUGCAGGGAGCUGGGGGGGUAAUCGUCCGUAUCCUGCAGGCAGCUGGGGGGGUAAUCGUCCGUAUCCUGCAGGCAGCUGGGGGGGUAAUCGUCCGUAUCCUGCAGGCAGCUGGGGGGGUAAUCGUCCGUAUCCUGCAGGAAGCUGGGGGGGUAAUCGUCCGUAUCCUGCAGGAAGCUGGGGGGGUAAUCGUCCGUAUCCUGCAGGAAGCUGGAGGCCCAAUGGUCGGAAUCCGCUUCCUCCAGGAGUCCGCCCUCCUGGUCGGAAUCCGCUUCCUCCGGGAGUCCGACCUCCUCCUGGUCGGAAUCCACUUCCACCCCGAGUCCGCCCUCCUGGUCGGAAUCCACUUCCUCCCGGGGCCCGACCUCCUGGCUCUUCUGGGAGCCUCCCAAACCUCAGUUUGCAGUGA